AUGAUGACGCGCUCGCGCCUUCUCGUGCGCCCAGACGCAUUCGCGCGGUCGCCGUCGCGCCGCCACAUACCAGCCGCAUUCCCCCUGUCGCAAGCCCCUUCGACAUUCCCUUGCCGUAUCCCCCCUCCGCAUUCCCUCAUGGAGCCUUCCCCCUGUCGCAACCCCCCUUCCGCAUUCCCCCUGCCGCAUACCCGAUUCCGCAAUCCCCCAGCCGCAUUCCCCAUGCCGCAUUCCCCCUUCUGCAUUCCCCCUUCUGUAAUCCCCCUUCCGCAUUCCCCUGCCUGCCUCAUACUCACUCCCUCAUGCUCCUUGCUUCAUACUCACUCCCUCGUGCUCCUUGCCUCAUACUCACUCCCUCGUGCUCCCUGCCUCGGUACUCACUCCCUCGUGCUCCCUGCCUCAUACUCACUCCCUCGUGCUCCCUGCCUCAUGCUCACUCCCUCGUGCUCCCUGCCUCAUGCACACUCCCUUGUGCUCCCUGCCUCAUACUCACUCCCUCGUGCUCCCUGCCUCAUACUCACUCCCUCGAGCUUCCCGCCUCAUACUCAUUCCCUCGUGCUCACUGCCUCUGCUCCCUCCCUUUGCUCCCCAUCAGGUGCGCGACGCCAUUCACAGGGGCCUGGCGUCGGCAUUGCCUCAUCUGCACCCCUCCCCCAUCUCCCCUUCCCUGUCCCAACUCUAGCCCCCUGCCUCAUCUCUCCUCCCCUGUCCCAUCUCCCCAUCUCUCCAUCUUUCCUUCCCCCCCCUGCAUCCCCUCAGCACCCCCUCUCAUUUCCGUCAUUUCUCCCUCUGCUCCUCAUUUCGGCCGCAGUUGAUACCUCACUUCUCCCGAAGGCUACCCCUCAUUUCCCCCUUAGUGAGCCCCAUUUCCCUCUACGUUUCCCUUUCAUUUUCCCUUAUGCUUCCUCGCAUAUCCGCCCUUUCCGCCCCUCUGUUUAUCAUCUCCCCUCCCUUCCUCCGCCACAACCCAGCCUAAGGCACAACUCCCUCACACAAGGCGCCACGUCCGCCAAGGCAAAGAGGCCAAAAUCAGCGAGACUGCACGAGUCCCAUUCCCUCCCUGCCCUGCCUUUCCCCCACUACCCUUCUCUCCCUCCCUACCCUUCUCUCAUGAGUUUCCCCCCUGCUAGCCUCCCUUCCCCCUCAUCAUGCCAUCUAUUUCCCCCCUACCUAGCCCUCCCUUCCCCCUCAUCAUGCCAUCAGUUUCCCCCUGCUAGCACUCCCUUCCCCUUCAUCAUGCCAUAA